CUAAACAGCUGAUCUGCUAUAUUUUGAGGUGUGCAUUACUAGAUUAUAGAUAGAGAUACAUAACCUUUAAUUGUUUAAAUAAUGGUGAUAUACGGUGUUUAUAUCGUAUCAAAAUCGGGAGGUUUAAUUUUUAAUCAUGAUCACAAUAUUCCUAAAGUGGAAAAUGAAAGAACUUUCGCUUAUCCAUUAGAUAUAAAAUUAAAUUAUGAAAAUAAAAAGAUAGUUGUAUCUUUUGGUCAAAAAGAUGGUAUAAAUGUAGGCCAUAUGUUAACUGCUGUGAAUGGUAGUCCUGUUAUUGGCAACGAAUUGGAAGAUGGAAGGGACGUGCUAGAAAUGUUAAAUCAACCAGAAAAUUUUCCUGUAACACUAAAAUUUAGUCGUGCGAAAAUGACAACUAAUGAGAAAAUUUUUCUUGCAUCUAUGUUUUAUCCUUUGUUCGCGAUAGCUAGUCAAUUGAGCCCUGAACCCAGAUGUUCUGGAAUUGAAAUUCUAGAAGCAGACACAUUUCGCUUGUACUGCUAUCAAACGCUUACUGGAAUUAAAUUUAUGAUAGUGGCAGAACCAUCACAGUUAGGAAUGGAAAUUUUGACAAAAAAAGUAUACGAACUUUAUGCAGAUUAUGCUCUUAAAAAUCCAUUUUAUUCUUUAGAAAUGCCAAUCAGGUGUGAACUUUUUGAGACUAAUCUGCAGUCAUUACUCGAAACAAUUGAGAAAUGUGGUAUAAGUAGUAUUUAAAUUUAUUCAAUGAAUCAGGCUGACGUAUCUGUAAGUAUGGUGUGUACGCAACACACACAAAGUAUUUGAAAUAAGCAAUUAUAUAUAAACAUAUACAUUAUUGAAAAUAAUAGAGAUAAACUUAGCUUAUUUAAAAAUGUAAGAAGUAGAUUGGACAAAUUAUAAAUAGAAUGAAUAAAACUUAGUAUUUUUAUCAAGACAA